AUAUUUAACUUCUUCUAAUUAUUUUGUCAGAUUUUGUUCAAAUGUUUUUUGAGACUUUUUCCAAACUGACCGGUAGAAAUACGUCACCUAGAACAGAGGAGCAGAAUCUGACAAACACAAUCUGAAAACAAUGCAGUUCAUCAAAAACAAUGUUUACAAUCAUUUCUAAAUUAAAUGUGAAAUUAAAAAAGGAGGGAAUAAUCUCAUGAAGCCUGAAGUCAGACGCUGACCGGCGAAUAUUUUAAAUAUGGUUCCAGAGAAACACGUCGAGUUUUUAAAAGCUGAAGAUGUUCUGGUGUUUCAUGAAGGAGGAACGUCUCCAGGCGCCGCCACGUGACCUCUGACCUCAGCUCCUCAUGCAAACUUCUUCCAAAUCAGCCGCUGACUUUGACUGACAAAUGUUUCAUUUCCAUAAGAGAAGAAGAAGGAAGCGUGUGGAGGACAGACCGCCGGCGGCGCACAGCAGGGCAGAGCGUUUCCUCCUCAGGACGGAUUCAUUUCCAUCAUCCGAGUUUAUUUCACAGGUUGAAGAUUUUCAAAGAGCCAUGAGUCCGGCGCCGCGCCUCGUCGUCCUGCUGCUGGCGGCUCGGAUCGCAGCAUCUCAAACAUUCACCGACGCUGGAAAGGAUUUCAGAGUCAUUUUCCCAGAAAACAUCGCCUACUACCACCCUUUAGAUGCCCAAAACAAGAUCUGGGUCACCGCUCUGUACGACGACACAUCCGUCACAAUGUCACCAGCCAGCAGUGAACCUAAGCAACUCAACGCUGGUCGUACUAUAAGUUUUGAUGUGACCCAAGAACUCGGCAAGCUGGCGAUUAAUGAGGCUAAAGUUUCUGACCUGUUCACGGUUUUCAACAUCUCUGACAAAACCGUUCGUAUUACCAGCACCAAGGACAUCGUCAUCCAGGCCGUCAGCAGCAGAGGAAGAAGCGUGCAGUCAGCUCUGGUUAUACCAACGACCAAACUCAGUAGCAAGUACUUCGUCCCACCGGUCCCUGAGACUGAAGGAGCCACCAGCGGAGGGGAUCCUAUGGUAAAUGUUACAGAGAGAGCCCCGUUCAGACUCAUCAUCGUCAACCCCGAUGAGCCCAAAGCAUCCGUGACCAUUAAAGGCAGAGAGGAAAUCCCGAUAAGCAUAGAGCCGGGCAAGGCUGCUCAGAUCUGGGUGAGAAAUGACAGCACGACCCAGUAUGUUGAAGCAGAUAAAGGAGUGGCGGUGUACUUCAGCCACCCCUGUGCCGUUCAGCGCCAGUGCACCUGCGGCCUCCUGCAUGCCGUGCUGCCUCCGGCCAAGAACACCACCAUGAGGUUCCCCAUUCCUCCGUUUCUGGGCAAGCCAGCGUCCAUUAUGCAGUCCGAUGACUCAACCAGAGGAUGGGUCAAUUCUUCCUCACCGCUCGUUAAAUCGGCAGGAACGGCCAUCGUCUACUGGCCCAGACUUCUCCUCACGCUGGUUCCAGUAGAAGAGUUCGCCAGCUGUUUUAUGGUCCAGUUCAUCGAGGACAAGAAAAACGUUCUCAUCAUCGUGGUCCACAAGGAUCACAAGCAGGGAAUUCACGUCGGGAAUGAUCCUCUGGAGGGAGCAGGAUGGCAGGAGCUGCAGGGAACCGACUACGUCUCAACCAAUCACAGCAUUUCAUCUACUACUGUGGUCUGGCACACGUCUGCCAACAUGACCGUCUACCACAUGGUCCAGCAGAACAACACCUGGUUUGGGAACCCCGCACCUGUUGUCAGUGCAAACCCAGAUUUCAGGGGCUGCGUUUUAACUCCAGAGGUGACGAUGAUCCUCCAUGAAGCAGGGAGUUGGCAGGAAUCGAUCCGAUCCUGUGAGGACCAGAACCUGAGUCUCAUCAGCCUCCCCAGCGAAGCUCUACAAAAACAAACCUGCCGAAAUCUGCGUGGGAACGACGCCAAGCAAGUGUGGAUCGGCACGCGUCGCAGCUCGCUGACCGGAGACUGGUACUGGCUGAACAGAAACGGGUUCAACGACACCAACUGGGCCCGCAGCGAACCCGGGGACGUCAGCGAGGGCCAGUGCGCCGUCAUGAGUCUGGAAGGCGACUGCGGCUGGAAGGACCGCAACUGCUGCGAGGACGCCCGGCCUCUCUGCUACGCCGAUCCACAACUCCUGCAGAUAAUCUGACCCAGAAGCUUCCUGCUCCCGGUUCUGGUUAGGUCAGAACCGAGCCGCCCACAGCAUCACUAUAGUCAUCAGAAAACGCUAGCGUAGAUAGCUAAACCGGUUUAUUGGGGUCAGUUGGUAGUUCAGCCUCAAACUGCUGCCUGGCAGAAAACAAGAGGCCCAACACAGGCGGGCGUCAUAGUAUGGAGGGCUGAGGGUGACGUAAAACAUAAAUAUAUGAACAGGCAAUGACGCAUAAUAAACUACACCAAGCAAGCUUUAGCUCACAAGCUACACACUUAGCUAGGGAGAUAAAUAUUUAGUUUGGAAGCUACAUAAUUAGCCAGCAAGCUAAAUAUUUUUCUUCACACUAAAUAUGUAGGUUGAAGCUACAUAUUUAACCAGCAAUAUUUAAUUUUCAAGGUGCGCAUUUAGCUUGAAAGCUAAUACUUAGUUUGGCAAAAAUAUUUAACUUGGAAGCUACAUAGUUAGUUUUCGAGCUAAAUAUUUAUCUCCAAGGUAAAUAAGUAAUAAACACAAUAAAAUACAGAACCAGAUUUAAUUUUUUAAUUCAUGAUGUCAAAACUAAUCCAACGUUCUGAGUUAAAUAUUUAAUUAGGUAUGUAAACGAUAUCGAUAUUUUCCCAUAAGUUUUAUAAUAAAGAUCUAUGAAGAACCAGAUUUUAGAUUAAAUUUAAUCUGUAAAGGAAGUGACAUCAGCCAAUAAUCUGAACUGGUCAACUAUUAAAAUUAACAUGAAAACCUGAUCAACAGUUUUCUGUUUUUGUUUCAACUUUUUUCUCGAGUCAGAUUUAAUAUUUUAUCCUAAUUAAAUAAGGAAUUAUAACGCAAUAAAUGAUAUAUAUAUCUUAAUGCAGCUUAAAGGUGACAAUCUAAUAGUUUUCACUGAGUUUCAGAACAUUCAGAUUUAAUCGUUGUAUUUAUUGAUCGUAGCAAACAAUAAAUGUAUUUUGUGUGAUUUGCUGUGAAUGUAUCAUGUAAGAUGCAUAAAUAAAACUAGUCAUUUAUGCCAAUAAAUGGAUUUUCAUGUGUGAAACUAAACUUUUUAUUUCCUUUCUUUCAACAAAAUCUGAUAUAAAAAAAUAAUAAUA